GCAGCGGCAGCGACGGCGCGGCGCGUCCCGGGACCGGCCGCUGAUGGCGGCGCCGCCGACGCCGUGUGCCCGAGGCGCUCCCGCCGCCGCCUGAGGCGCUCCCGCCGCCCCCGCGCCCGCCGCCAUGACCGAGGAGCCGUACGAGAAGUUCCUGACCCCCGAGGAGCCGUGCCCGCUGCUCUCGCACCAGCACCCGCCGCGGGGCGGCAGCUUGAGCCUGAGCGAGGAGGGCUGCCUGGACGUCAGCGAUUUCGGCUGCCAGCUCUCCUCCUGCCACCGCACCGACCCUCUGCACCGCUUCCACUCCAACAGGUGGAACUUGACAUCUUGUGGGACGAGCGUGGCCAGCUCGGAGUGCAGCGAGGAGCUGUUCUCAUCCGUGUCUGUGGGGGAUCAGGAUGAUUGCUACUCUCUGCUGGAUGACCAGGAGUUCACCUCUUUUGAUCUCUUCCCCGAGGGCAGUGUCUGCAGUGAUGUCUCCUCUUCCAUCAGCACAUACUGGGAUUGGUCAGACAGCGAGUUUGAGUGGCAGUUGCCUGGCAGCGACAUUGCAAGUGGGAGUGAUGUGCUUUCUGAUGUUAUACCGAGUAUUCCAAGCUCUCCCUGUCUGCUUCCCAAAAAGAAAAACAAGCACAGGAAUCUGGAUGAGCUUCCAUGGAGUGCGAUGACAAAUGAUGAACAGGUUGAAUAUAUUGAAUAUUUGAGUCGCAAAGUCAGUACAGAGAUGGGCCUUCGAGAGCAACUUGAUAUUAUUAAAAUUAUUGAUCCUACUGCUCAGAUCUCACCUACAGAUAGUGAAUUCAUUAUUGAAUUGAACUGUCUCACAGAUGAAAAACUAAAACAGGUGAGAAACUAUAUCAAGGAACACGGACCUCGCCAGCGGUCUGCAAGGGAGAGCUGGAAAAGGAGCAGCUACAGCUGUGCAAGUACCAGUGGUGUGAGUGGUGCCAGCGCCAGCAGCAGCAGUGCCAGCAUGGUCAGCUCAGCCAGCAGCAGUGGCUCCAGCGUUGCCAACUCCGCGUCAAACUCCAGUGCCAACAUGAGCCGAGCGCACAGCGACAGCAAUUUGUCCACAAGUGCUGCAGAAAGAAUCCGGGAUUCCAAAAAACGUUCCAAGCAACGGAAACUCCAGCAAAAGGCCCUACGGAAGAGACAGCUGAAAGAGCAAAGACAAGCUCGUAAGGAAAGACUGAGUGGAUUAUUUCUUAAUGAAGAAGUGCUGUCUUUAAAAGUGACUGAGGAGGACCAUGAAGGAGAUGUGGAUGUUUUAAUGUGACAGGGGUGAAUUUAUCAGUGUUCUUUCUAAGCCUUAAAUGUAUUAUCCUUAUUGUUUACAUAUAUCUCUUGACCAAAUUUUGAUUAGUAUUAACAAUACAAACCAGAUCUUUUCUCAAGUGUAAUUUUGCUAAGAAGGUCUAAGUAUUGAGUAACUUUAGCUUUUUGAGACUAAUUUUGCAACAAAGAAUUCAGAAACUUACCUGUCUUCUGCAAAGCUGCUGAUUUUGAGGAAAUUUGAACUUGGCUAACAUGCUAGCUUACUUGCACGUAAGUCUAGGGGUACUUUUGGAUGACACAAAGCAUGCGUUACUAUGCUUCAGCUUUUUUAGGUUUUUUUCCAGCUUUGAGUUGGUAUUGCACUUGACUUUUUCUGUCCUCCUUUCCCAUUAUUAGGAAGAUUGUUUAGCAUGAGGAAAAAUCUUUUGCUCUACGGGGCUUUCUUCAGCCUUGCUCUUGGUUUGUACAAAAUCAAAGUACUGUUGAUACUUUUCUAAAAGUUGUGAUUUAAUUUAAACUACACAGAAAACAAGAAGCAGGACAUCUAAUGCAGAACAUCUGUAAUACAAAUACUGCCUAAUAAUGUAGUUCUUAGGAACCAACUAAAAAUUAAAAAAAAAACCUCAAAAUAAUUGCAGACUUAGUCUUCAGAAGGUUAUUUUGUUGCUCAGUAUGUUACAAUUGUUACUAAUGGUUCACCAGUACAUCCCUAGUAUUUCUGUGAAAAGAUUCCACUAAAAACACAUUUAUGCAUUGGAAAUACAAUAACCUGCAAUUAAAUUGUCUAGGACACUACUUUAAAUAGUUAAAAACACUACUGGAAACAGAAGUGCAAACAAGUGGCACACAACUUCAAUGGUUUUCUUCCCCAGAAGCUAUCUAAAUAUAUUUGAUUCGUGUUGUUGACAGGGGAACUUAAUUAAUGCAGCUGUACUUUUUAAAUUGUAUGUUUAGCUGAGGUUGUCUCCUGUGUGGGUCGUUACACCAUGACAUGUAUCAGACUUCUCCUUUUGUUGCCUAUCAGCUUUUGAAAUUUCUCAUGAUAAGAAAAUUAGGUAAAAUUGUGGCUUUCAGGUAGGGAAGUAGUAGUAGUUUCAACCUUUUUCUUAAUUCUGACAAUCUUUAGGCUGAUUUUAGUUUUUAUCUUGGAACUACUUUUAUAGAACUCCUUCCCCCAUGGCUGAGAUAAAAAUGAUGGUUCUAAAUUUUAAUAUGAAAUUUUAAAGUGUAUAAAAUAUUUUUGAGUUCUGAGUUUAGGAAAUAAUUUUUUAUUUUGUUGAUGCUUCAUUACUUUAAUUUUGCUCUUGAAUUCAGGAGUUUGACAGUUUAGUGUGGCCACAGGUGUCUGUAAUUGCAGGAUAUAGCCCAAUCCUGCAGAAUGCAUGGUCACCUUUAGGACUACUGACAUUAAUGUUCCAUGUCCUGCACAGCCUUAUUAGCCCUGACAGAUGAAAUAUUUUCCUUUCAGAUGUGGCAUUCCUUUUAGCCUCAAAAUAAACUGACCUGUAAAUUAUCCAAACAAUGCCCUCUGAAAGGGUUUUGAUAGGAAAUAAAUGAGGUCUGUAGUCAAACUAAUAUGUUUGAAUUUAGGGCUGCUCUACAACAGGCCCAGGCUUGGCCAUUGACUGACUAAGAGCCAGGUGAUGGCAUUUAAGCCCAAGAUAGCUGUCUGUCCACUAACCACAGUGUCUGUGACCUGUCAGUAUUUGCUUGUACUGUGCUGUUGCUGAUUGAUGCCUCCCUCCUGUAUAAUCAAUGCUGAAAACUUCUUAACAGUAUACACUUUACUGAGAAUUUAGAUUGACUUAAAUCUGGAGCUUCUUUUAAAUAUCUUGUAUGGAAGAUUAAAUUCAAUUGCUAUCAAUUUGGCUAAUUUCAGGGUAUAGUUGUUAAACUCUUCCAUGGUAAUGGAGGAAUUAAUCAUGAAAUACUUCACCAUGUGUACAGUCACAGUUCAGUACAACCUUUAUUUUCUGCAGUGACUUUGAGAUGUGAUUGAAUUUUUUUUCUGAAGAAAAAUGCACACUUUGUACUGUAGAGAAUCGAAACUCUGAAGUGAAUUGUAAGGAAGGUGCAAUAUCUCAGUGUGGUGGAGCAUGAAAGUGUGUUCACUUUAUUCUGUUUCAGCAGUUAUUCAGAGUUUAAAAUGCCUCAGGGUUUUGUUGAGAGAAGACCCCAUCUUUUGAUGAGGUACAGUUCAUUCUGUUCACCUGUCUACUAGCUUCCAGAGAUCCUGAAGUGAGGGAGGAUAGUAUUUCCAUCAUAGUGUGAGCAUGUAAGUAUAAAUUAUUCUAAGUGAUUAGAUGGGUCCAGUUGUUCAUCUCUUACAUUGGGCAAAAAGGUCCUGGGUGCCAGAACAGCUGAUUGUGCUGUGUUGUCUCCAGCAGGUACUUCAGUCAUGUGUGUGACAGUUAAAAGGAUAGAAGAGAGUGGAUUUCCAGGGAUUCCAUGCUAAUAAUUUAUAGCUCUGUGAUCUCAUAGAUCCAGGAUGCUCAUAAGAAUAUAAAGAAUACAAAACUCUAAAUAUUCUGGUAAGAAUGCAGAAUAACAUCUUGAUUACCUUGAAUGUUCUUUGCCAAGUACUCAGAGAUACAAUAUUGUCUUUCUCUGAUCUCAGAGAAUCAGGCCUGAAGUGACUGUGGCAUUCAGGAGUUCUCAUAUAUUCUACACAUUAGAGGUUUUUUUUUCCUUUUGCUUUCUCAUCCUCUGUAGUUCCAGUGGCACACUCAUUUUGUGGUGGGGGAAGGUUUUUUUGUCAGAUUCAUGUUUUUCCCUGCAGCAUGCUCAACACUUACUCAGGAAGACUCCAUCCAUGGUGGUUUUAAAAGACAUGUAAAUGUGGCACUUAGACAAGGUUUAGUGGUGGGCUUGGCAGUGUUAGAUCUACGGUUGAUGAUCCUAAAAGGACUUUUCCAAUCUAAAUCUAUUAAUUUCUGUGAAAUACCUGUGGUAGUAGUCAAGCAGUUGGAAUGUCAGUGAAAUCUGGUCUUGCUGAUACAAGUUUUGGCCUUUGUGGCUACAGGUGUAACUACUGGGUUCUGAUGAAGAAGAGUAACAGACUGCUAAAAUAAUGCAUCCCUAUUGUGGUUUAUUCUUAAAAAAA